GACAGAAAGUGAUGGUAUGGAUGUCCAGAUUUAUUGACAGAAGUCCAGAUUUAAAGUGUUGCAGUGUGAUUGCCACAAAAGAGUCUGAAUGGCCUGCGGGAAGAAGCUCCUCCUCAUUCUCUCUGUGUUUGGUUUUAAGGAGCAGAAGCGUUUCCCUGAAUGUAACAGAGAAAAGAGUCCAUUGUUCGGAUGGCUGAGGUCCUUCACAAUCUUCCUGGCUCUGGUCCUGCACUGUGUGCUGUAGAUGUCCUGCAGGUUAGGGAGCUCGAUGUGGAUGGUAUGUUCAGCUGACCACACCACCCUCUGGAGAGCUCGCCUGUCCUGCAUGGUGCUAUUCUAGAACCAGGAAGUGAUGCUACCCAUUAGGAUGCUCUCAAUGGUGCAGGGUGUUGAUGUUACAGGACUAAGACAGGUCCUGUGUGAACAUCAAGGUACCAGAAACUGUCAACUCUCUCCACUGGGGUCCUGUUGAUGUUUAGUGGUUGGUAUGACUGCUCCUGCUUCGUGCUGAAGUCCACUAUCAACUCCUUGGUCUUGCUGACGUUCAGGAGAAGAUUGUUCUCCUGGCACCAUCUCUCCAGGUUUUUUAAAAGAUCCUUAUUGUGAAAACAGGAACAAAAAGCAGCUCCGAAGAAAACAGUAAUGGGCGGAACAUUCACCAAAUUGAGUUCUCCUGAGAAGCACUGCAUUCAAACAGACAAAUGUUUGAUUCAGGCUAAGAGAUCAGACUUACCCGAAUGCAGUCAAACUGCUGGUGAAAGCAACCAGCCAAUCGGCCAUCCACAUGACUUUCUAGGGGAAUUCUGUAAACAUGAGAUCAGUCUGAUUCAGGCCAAGGGACCAGACUCACCUGGACCCAGCUGUGUAUCUAUGAGAAGUGUCAAGUCAAUGCAUCAGCCAAUUCAAUUAAGAGAAGGGGCCUCUUCUGUUGAAAAUGGUUCAUUUCAGGCUAAGAAAUCAGACUUAUCUGGACCCAGCUGCAUCUCUGUGAAAAGUGACUGGUCCAUGCAUCAGCCAAUUCACUUCAGAAAAAAAGACUGUUCUGGUGAAAUCAGGUCUGAGAAGUUCUGCAAAAAUCAAAUUGAAGGAAUUUAUAAGAAGGUGGAGCACAAAGUUAUUCUUUUAGUAAAAAAUGAGCUAAAAAGACUACUGAGUUCUUGUUACUCAACAUCCUCUGAGAGUGAAGUGGUGACUGAUCCAGUUGUCAGAGAAUCAUUACUGAAGAUUACAAUUCACGUCCUUAUGGAUAUGAAGCAGACAGAUCUUGCUGAAACACUAAAAACUGAAUUUCUCUCUAUACAUAAAGAAAAGCAUAAAUCCAAAAUGAAAGACAAGUAUAGAAGACUUUGUGAAACCUCAAAGCAAGAAACCCCAUCACUUUUAAAUGAGAUUUACACAGAACUCUACAUCACAGACGGUUGGAAUGAAGACAUCAAUAAUGAACAUGAGGUGAGACACAUUCAGAUGCCAUCGAGGAGAUCAACAUCAAAAGAGACUCUCAUCAAAUGUAGUGACCUUUUCAGAGACAAGUCCAUCAGAACUGUAGUGACCAAAGGAAUCGCUGGAAUUGGUAAAACAGUCUCUGUGCAGAAGUUCAUUGUGGACUGGGCAGAAGGAAAAGCAAAUCAGGACAUAAACUUCAUGUUUCCACUUCCCUUUAGAGAGUUAAAUCUGAUGAAGCAAAAUAAACUCAGUCUGAUGAAACUUCUUCAUCAAUUUUUCCCAGAAACAAAUGAACUACAGUUAUUACACAGUGAGGCCUAUAAAGUUCUGUUCAUCUUUGAUGGUCUGGAUGAGUGUCGACUUUCACUAAAUUUCAAGCACAAUGAGAGAUUGUGUGAUGCGACAGAAUCAGCCUCAGUGGAUGUGCUGCUGACGAACCUCAUCAAGGGAAAUCUGCUUCCAUCUGCUCACAUCUGGAUCACCACUCGACCAGGAGCAGCCAAUCAGAUCCCACCUGAGUGUGUAAACCAGGUAACUGAGUUACAAGGUUUUACUGAUGCUCAGAAGGAGGAGUACUUCAUGAAGAGUAUCAGCGAUCAGAGCCUGGCCAAUAAAAUCAUCACACACAUUAAGUCUUCAAGAAGCCUCUACAUCAUGUGCCACCUCCCAGUCUUCUGCUGGAUCACAGCCACUGUUCUAGAGAGAAUGUUGAGUGAAGCAGAGAGUGAAGAGAUCCCCAAGACUCUGACUCAAAUGUUCACACACUUCCUGAUCUUUCAAAUCAAACACAAGGACCAAAAGUACCAUCAGAGAUGUGAACCUGAUCCUCAGCAGACCAGAGAGAGUAUCAUGGCACUGGGAAAACUGGCUUUUCAACAGCUGGAGAAAGGAAGCCUGAUCUUCUAUGAGGAAGAUCUGAGAGAGUGUGGAAUUGAAGUCAAGGAAGCAACAGUGUAUUCUGGAGUGUGUACUCAGAUCUUUAGAGAGGAGUUUGAGCUCCAAUUAGGGAAGGUGUUCAGCUUUAUUCAUCUCAGUGUUCAGGAGUUCCUGGCUGCUUUAUAUGCAUUUCUCACCUUCAUCAACAGAAAUCUAACAGAACAUCAAACCACUGAUCUGUCUGACCUUUUCAACAACUCAAGCAUGUCUGAUUUCCUCAGGAGUGCAGUAGACAAGGCCUUAGAGAGUGAGAAUGGACAGCUGGACCUUUUCCUUCGCUUCCUUCUGGGUCUCUCAUUGGAGUCUAACCAGACUCUCUUACGAAGCCUACUGCCUCAGACAGGAAGCAGCGCUCACCGCAUAGAGGAAACUGUUGAGUACAUCAAAGGAAAGAUCCAUGUGGAUCUAUCUCCAGAAAAAUCCAUAAAUCUGUUCCACUGUCUGAAUGAACUGAAUUAUCAGUGUAUACAAAAGGAAGUCCAAAAAUACCUAAAACCUGGACGCUAUAGUUGUCUCAGAGGAACCACAUUUUCUCCUAUUCAGUGGUCAGCAUUGGUGUUUGUGUUGCUGAAUUCAACACAGGAACAUGAGGAUUUUGAUUUGAGGACUUAUGAUCGAAGCGAAAAAUGUCUUUUAUGGCUCAUGCCAGUGGUCAAAGAAUCCAGAAAAGUUGUGCUAUGUGGUUGUUAUCUCUCAACAGAAAGCUGUAGAGCUUUGUCUUCAGUUCUUAGCUCAAACUUUUCCAGACUCAGAGAACUGGACCUGAGUGAGAAUAAUUUGCUGGAUGAAGGAGUGAAGCUGAUUGCUGCUGGCCUGGAAAAUCAACAUUGUAAACUGGAGAUUUUGUGGCUGAUGCAGUGUGGCAUAUCAGAUGAUGGCUUUGUUGCUCUGGCUUCAGCUCUGAAGUCCAACGCCAUGUCAAACCUGCAAGAGUUAAAUCUGAACUGCAAUGAACCUGGAGAAAGAGGAGUGAUGAUGCUGUUUAAUCUACAGAAAGAUGCAAAUUUCAAACUGAAGACUCUAACAAUUAACCCCGACCCCAAAGAGAUGGACAAGAGUUACCACUCGUAUGAUUUCGGCAGGAGGUCUUUAAGCGCUGAAAUGGAUGCAGCUGAAUUUUUUGUAUCACAUAAAAAGAGUACAAGUACACCACAUUACAGCAUCAGUACAGUCAACUAGGAUGCAUCAAACUACAAACCACAGAAAACACUCACAUUCCUGUACUCUAACUUAAAUAGAUAGUGAUCAGGAACACCUGUGCUCACUUACACACUGACAAACACACACAAACAUCACUGGAAUACAUCUCACCACCAUCUUGUGCACAGUUUGCUGUUUUCUUAUUGGUUCUCGUUGAUUAGUUCAGACUAUGUAAGUUUUAGGUUAGAGAUUCAUUAGAAAGUAACAGAGUUGUUUUAGUUUUUUGUUCUACUAGAACUAGCUGGCUAGAAAAAGCUUCCAUUCUUCCUUCACCUUUGUGCCAUUGAGAGCCUUCGCUUGCAAGUUAUUGCAUUUCUUUUUAUUUAUUGUAAAUAUGCAAAUAAAAAUAAUUUUGAAUUCAUAAUUUUGAUUUGAAAAACAAA